AUGGCUAUUAUACAGUCCAUUCAUAUCAGGUCGCACGAGAUCCGCACCGAACCCAAGCCACAUACCGUAUACAAGAUUGAAGUGCAAGGCCCAGUACGCUCCUGGCCGGUCUGGAAACGCUACUCAGAAUUCGUGGACCUCGAUAGCGAACUCACAAAAGCAACCGGCGAAGCUCCACCCGCACCGCUCCCACCCAAACAUGCAUUUUCGUUUUCCUUCCGCCGAACACUCAACGACGAGAAGCUCCUCGAAGAACGUCGGUCAGGGCUCGAGACUUACCUCCGUGCGAUUGUGUCGGCCAAGGACCCCAAGUGGCGGGACAAUAUUUCUUUUCGAGAGUUUUUGAACGCGCCUAGGGCUCAUACGACGGCCGGUGGCGAGAGUGCUACUUCUCAGUUUACGAUGGCCAGUUGGCUCGACGAGCAGGCGGAUUUGAUGACUAUGGCACGGGACAUUCGAGCCGAUCUGAACAAACGGGAUGCACUGUCAGAUCGUAAUGACGUUCAAGGUGCACAUACAGCCGGCGUUAGCGCCAAACGGAAGCUCUCGGCUCUGAUCCUUCGCGUCGGUGCUCUCGCCAAGGGUCUUGCUGACCUUGCACUGAACGGGAUGAGUCAGGGCGAGCUUCAACGACGUAGCGAUAUGGUCGCACGACUCCAGGACGACUGCGAGAAACUUGGCAAGAUGGUUGUCGCUGCUCGUCAAACGUCCCGAGGCACUGAACGAGUACUCCCAAGUGCGGCUGACCGUGAAAAGUUGCUCAACGAGGCAGCAUCAAGUCGCAAGCCGUUUGGUCGGGUGUUUGGACAACGGCAGCCGCCCCCGCAAGAGACCGCAGAGACUCGGCCACUCGACGAGCAAGGGCUAUUGCAGUUGCAGAAUACUCAGAUGGAGCGCCAGGACGAACAGCUCGCUCAAUUGUCGGCCAUCCUUCGGCGACAGAACCAGAUUGGAGUGGCCAUUGGUUCUGAAAUCUCACAGCAGAUUGAGAUGCUCGACGAGCUGUCAACCCAUCUGGAUUCAACUGGAGCCAAGUUGGCCAACACUCGGAAGCAGCUGGGCCGGCUUGGUUAG